AUGGCCGAUCUCUUCGAUCCGGACGAGUCGUCCCUGCUGGACUCCCCAGACCGGAAACAGACGACCACCACCAAUACCAACACCAACACCAGCACGACUCCCCCCGAACGGCCCAAGACCCCCAAGACCCCGACGGGCCCGCCGCCCACCGGCGACCCCUUCGCCAGCGCCGGCCCGCCCAGCGAGGAGGCGCGCGAGGCGGCCCUGCAGCGCGAGCUGGCGGGCGUGCGCUCCAUCAACGAGCUGCUCGAGGGCGUGCUGGGCACGCUGGAGCGCGCGCGCGGCAACAUGGACACGGUCUCGCAGACGGUCGGCACGGCGUCGGCCCUGCUGGGCACCUGGACCCGCAUCCUGGGCCAGACGGAGCACAACCAGCGCCUGCUGCUGGACCCGACCUGGAAGGGCGCCACCGACGACCUCGCGCAGGUCGAGGGCGAGGCCCUGCGCCGCCAGGCCGAGGCCGAGCGCCGCGCCGCCGAGGAGGAGAGGCGGAGGGCCGAGGCGCAGCGGCGGCGUGAGGAGGAGGCCCGCGCCCGUGAGGCCGGGGCCAACACCGCCGUCAACCGGAGGGGCAGCGUCAGGGGGACCCGGGGGACCAGGGCGUCGAGUAGUGGUGUCAGGGGCGUCCGGGGCACCAGGACGGGGACCGGGAGUAUGGCGAGGGCGGGCAGCGCUGCCGGUCGAGGUGCGGCCGCGGCAGCAUCGUCUGGCGCUGACCGGAGCUCGUCCAGCAUUGCCAGCGCUAGGAGCGCGUCGGGCAUUGGGAGGGGCUUUGGAAGCACGAGAGGACGGGCCAGAGGCACGAGGGGGACAUGA